CUACUUUUGUGGAUCUCAUCGGCUGGAUGAGUCAUUUCAAGCGAAGGCUUUGGAGCUCAGAGCUGGUCAGACAUUUAAGAAAUUGAAAGUUGAUUAAAAGGGACAAAGUUAGCUAGCUAGCUAACUAGUUGAUGUGUUGUUUUGAAGCUAGUUAGUAGAGCUAAUUAGCUAACUAGCUAACUGUUUUGUUUUUCUGGAAGUCUAGCAACAGUGGGCUUGGUAGCAGUCGUGUUGUUUACUUCUGUCUUGUUCAUUUUAAAAAAAAAAGAAUUUUUGUCAAACAAACGAGAAGCAGCUUGAAAAUUUUUAAUAUUAAUCGCUCUAACAGUGCAGCUGAACAGCUGUUUAAAAAUAGUAAGGUUUCUGAAUAAGUGUAAAGGGGUUUUUAGAGUAAUCAGGAACAGGAGCACAUUUUGUUCCGAGUUUGUGGAGAAAUGUCUUUAAAAACUCAGCAGCAGGGGGAAGAAAAGGACAAUCCGGAUCUUCAGAAGAGCCUCAGACAGGUUGAGCUACCUGGAGAAGAACCUCAGACUGUCUUUGUCAUCCUGGAUUCAUCUGAAUCUCUCAGUUUGCUCAGAGUGGAACCACUUUUACCCGAGUCAGGAAUCGUCGCUGACAUUGAGGUGGACGGCGUCCUCACGUCUGAUUCAGACACCUUUUAUCAGCUCAAGAGUCAGCCCAUUACAGCCAGUGACUCAGUUGCCCCCGCUGCUCCUGCUGUGACCCUGAGCACGACUGCCAUGUCCUCACGGGUGUUGAUGAGGCAGGAGCUGAUGAGGCAGCAGGCGCAGGACCAGGAGAGGAGAGAAGCCCAGCAGCAGGCUUCCAGCGCUCAGCUUCGGCCCGUUGACUCCACUCCCGCCAUCUCCGUCUCCUCGUCUCUGCCCAACGCUCGCCCGACAACCACGCAGGUCCCCGUGGAGGUGCUAAAAGUUCAGACUCACCUGGAAAACCCGACGAAGUAUCACAUCCAGCAGGCUCAGAGGCAGCAGGUGAAGCAGUACCUCUCCCACACCCUCGGCAACAGAGUGGCCAGCCAGCUAGCCAUGUCGCCUUCGCCCCAAUCAGGCUCCGCCCCCGAGCUGGCCCCAGCCGCCAGCAGCACUCCCAGCAGUCCCCUGGCUGUGCUGAGUCUCGGCCCCAAUAAAGAGGAGAUCGAUGGCGUAAUUGAUGACAUCAUCAGCCUGGAGUCCAGUUUGAACGACGAGUUCAUGACUAUGAUUGACACCGGCCUCCAGCUGCCCAGCACGCUGCCAGUCUCAGGAAAUCUCCUGGAUGUGUACAGCAGUGCCGGGAUGACCACGCCCACCAUUACCGUCAGCAACUCCUGUCCUGCAAACCUGCAGAAUGUUAAGACGGAGCUGACAGGUACUUCUUCAAUGUAUGCUGAGGCUAAAGCUCUCAUCAAGGAACGGCAGAAAAAAGACAACCAUAAUCUCAUCGAGAGGAGGAGGAGAUUCAACAUCAAUGACCGCAUUAAGGAACUGGGAGAGCUCGUACCCAAAUCCAGUGACCCCGAGAUGCGCUGGAACAAGGGCACCAUCCUGAAGGCGUCGGUGGAUUACAUCCGUAAGCUGCAGAAGGAGCAGCAAAGGGCGAAAGAGAUGGAGCAGAAGCAGAAGAAGCUGGAGCACACCAACCGAGCGCUGCUGCUCCGCAUACAGGAGUUGGAGAUGCAGGCUCGUCUCCACGGCCUCGCUCCCUCUCAGCUUUCCGAAUCCAUCAUCAGCCAGCAGCAGCAGCAGCAGCUCACAUCUCUGCAGUCCAGCGCUGAGCCCGUCUCCAAAACACUCCUCACUCUGGGCGGCCCAACAUUAAACCACACCCACGUCUCCUCUUUACUCUCCCCUCCCCCUUCUGCAUCUCCAGUGGGUGGGGCCAUGACCGUCCCACUGGACCUGGGAACUCUGACCUUCGGCGAGCUGGAUGAUCACGCCUCGUCCAUGUUCAGCCCCGGUCUCAUGGCCGGAGAAAUGGGCUUGGGCGAUAUUCUCAUGGAUGACACCGGCGCCGACCCCCUGCUGUCCUCCAUCUCACCCGGAGCGUCCAAGACCAGCAGCCGCAGGAGCAGCUUCAGCAUGGAGGAGGAUUUGUGAUGGACGUGAUUUCACUUUUGUGUGAUUUGAUGCUGAUUAGCGGGCUCCGUUAGCCGAACUGAGUUAACACAAGGCCUGACGUCUCCAUUCCUGCUUGUGCAUGUUGCAAAGCUGGCCAAUAGAGGGCAGUGUAUCCUGAGGUCAAUUGUCAUUGUAAUUGUAGUACUGUUUAAAAAAAAAAAAUCAACAUGCAGCAUGGCUCUGACUCCUGCGCUGACUGAGACGCACUCUACAACUUUUACCUCGGCAUUUUAGGGGUACUGGAGUUUACAAAGGAUUGUAGGGGCGGAGCUGUUAAGAUGACCACGUAUGAUGCAAGCAGAUGUGCGUAGAUUUUUUUUUAAGGAUUCUAAGCAGCUGUUUUAAGGUUUCAUGUUUGUCGUUCUGCAUUAGAAGCAGGAGUAGGCAUUUUAUAUUUGUGCUCACUGACCAAGCAAACAACACAUUUUAUCAGAUACACUUUUUUUUUUUUUUUAAACCGCACCCUACCCAUCCCCUUUCUCCCAUCUCUCCUCAAAAAACACUCAUUUCUUACAAAGACAACAGCGCCGUAUAGCUGUGUAUACAGGCUUUUAUGAUGUGCAUAAAAAGAGCUGAUUAUUUUUAACUUAUGAACCGAUUAUAUUUACUGAACAAUAAGCAGCACUGUAUUGUAAGACACGCCCUAGUUAAUUCGUGGUUAAAGGAAAUAAUUGACUAACACACAGACUGUUUAUAUUAUGUGGACACGAGUGUUUUAUUAGGAAAUGCGCCACUCGUAUUUUUCAUCCGGGACAUGGAGAACCCAAACCGUGACAAAUCUCUAUACAUCACUCGUGAGGAAUUGUUUUGGGUUCUUUUUGUGCGUCAGCGUGUCGAUAUAAUAAGAAGGAAAUCACUCGUUGGCUUGACGAUAUGAAGUUUAUCUUCUCGUGUCGGAAAGCUCGCAUUUUUCAUACGAAAUACUGUACAUUGUGGAUCUGAGUGACUGACUUAUUUAAGUUAUUCCACAAAAUCAAGUCGUACAUGAACUGAUGGCCAACUUGGUGCUACGUGCCUCCUUGGCUGUCGGAGCAUGUAUGACAAGAUUGAGUGGAAUAACUGUUUUAUUCUAUCCACGUUCACUGGAGUUUGAGAAACGGAGCAUUUUUAUUUUUUGCAAACUCGAUCAAUACGAACUUUUAUACAAAAUUUCCGCUUAGAAUGUAAACAAACCAGCGAAAUGACGGGAACAAUUUGUGAAAAAUGUUAAGAUUCGUUCUUACCAUCAAAUACUUUUUUUUCCAUUUUUUUUUUUUUUCAAGUAGAGUUUUUAUUUCAUCCUCGGUUGGUUCAGCAACAUGCUCCACCAUUUUUGUUUUUCUCUACUCACGGUAUAUGAGCUGAUAUCCUAGUAAUAAAGUAGCCAAUCAGAGUGCACGAUUGUUCAUAUCCAGUGAAUGUGGAUAGAAUAAUUCCUGAUAUUUCACUCCGAUGAGGUCACUCCCAAUGUUUUAUCGCUGACUCGACACGCGUUGUCAAAAUGGCAAACCGGAUCAAAAUUGAAAUUCUUUUGAUUAACUUGCGCUUUUUUUCUUGUGGAUGUGUCCAUAUAAUAUAAAGAACAUUUUACACGGUGGUGCAAAGAUAUGAAGUUUAUCUUCUCGUGUUGACAGAUAUCGCUUCGCUCACUCAUGAUGUAUACAUUCGCCACUCGAAGAUAAACUCCAUAUCUUCGUGCCAUUGUGUAAUAUCCUCUGUGUGUGUAUAUAUAUAUAUAAAUACGUAGAGAGAGAGAGAGAGAGCGCUGCUUGUCUAAAGGCCCGUUUGGACGGGAUGAGUUUUCCAGACCCAUGUCUAUUUAGUAAUGAUUCAGUCAGCAUCUUAUUAUGCAGAAGGACAUCUUUUGACCUUUUAUCAUGACCGCUUGCUGUAGAGAUCGUGUCCAUGCUUGACCGUUCAUAGGCUCAAUGUCUUCCACCAAAUAAUGAAAUAUAGACCAUAUUAUUCCAUUGGAUUGGUUUAGGGUGGCAGAAUGCUUCCGAUAGUGUCUCCAUGGUUUAAAAGAAAAACGCAUACAUACACCCUUCUUCCUACAGGACAUGAUGUAAUCUUUACCAUGUUGACUCAUUUGAAAUUAUUUCCUGGGGUUCUUCAUAGAGAUCAAGAGUUUGAGUAAAAGUGUACCUCAGAGACGACGAAAAAUGACUGACGGAUGACAGCGGGACACAAAUCCCAGAAAAUGAAGAAAUUCAUUUUAAACCCUGAUGUACAGUGUACAUAGAAGCAAUCGGACAUCGACACGCUCGCUGGAGCGACGUAUCGUCUAUGCAAAGAGUUUAACCAACACUAUAUGACGUAAACCCUUAGACACGGUCCUUCUGUUUUAAAAGGACAGUAAAGAUGGUGGGAAAUGUAUAAAAAUUAUCUAAAGCUAUAUUAUGAACAAAUGAAUAUUCUUUAUUUUACUGAAACUUUUUUUUUUAAUGUAGUUUAACUCAAGCUAAUCUUCAUAGUACAAAGUCUAAUCUAAAGCUGCGUCCAUGACUGGUGUCACAUUACAUCUUUCAGCUAUAAAGACAAGACAGCUACGUAGCCGAUGGAUUAAAUGUAUAUUUUGUUGUAAAUUGACGCCACCCUUACGACUAGGAUUUGAAGCUCAACAUUGAGACAAUCGAUUUCUCUACGAUGUUUAACUCUGAGAUUAAAAUAAUUUCUAUAUAAGUAGAUCCUGUUUUCAUUAUAAUGGUAAUAAUUACAUAACCCAACCUCCCCGUGUAGCACAACUGGACUCUCAAUUGGCUUUAUUUAGAUAGCGUCAGUAGCAUAUAGACAAUAAUUCACCUCCAGAUUUGGCAUGUUGGGGGGGGAAAUAUGGGAAGCUUUUCACUUCACAUCAUGCGUCAACUUUUAAACUUUUUUUUUUUUUUUUAAAGUGUUAUAAAAGUAAGCAGAACAGCAUUAGGUUAAUGCAGUAACUACUACUAACAUGUACAUUGUGUGUCUUUAUAACCUGCUUGAUGGAAAAAUGGAUGGCAUGUUGGUGUGUGAGCCAUCUUUAUGGGGGAGAAAGAAAGAAAGAAAAGCCAGCUGGUAAUGGUUUCCGUGAAGGAGAUGAAAACUAUAAUGAAGACGUACAGUAUGUCCAUGGUGCCUGAUGCAUCGUUUUAGAUUCAUUUCCACCUGAUUUAUGAAAGGGACAGUAGCUGUGUGUGUGUGUGUGUGUGUGUGUGUGGUUUUCUAUAAAGACGAAAUGAGUUCAAGAGGAUCCAUUUAAACCGCCAUCAGGAAAAUGAACAGCUUAAAGUGCCAUUCCACCAUUGGAUGUAUUCUUUGGCAUAAAAUACAAUAUAUUUUAUGACAAC